AGUGUGUAAAUUGCCAAAGAUUUGGUUUUGAACUAUCUUUCGAAUAAGCCACUUCUCAUGUUUUUUCAAAUUACCUCUGACUAAAUUUUAACUGAUUUUUAAAGCCUACAAUAUUAUUCUGUGUUGUUUAAGUGUGUGCUUGAUACUAAAUUUUAUCAUAACAAUAAUAGAAUAAGUUCUCUCUAUAAUGUCCUUGUUAUUACUUUUGUAUAUUAUACACCUUGCAAAGUUUACAUUAAGUACCUGCAACUACAAGGAGGGGCAAGAUGAAACAUCACGUUAAACACUUUAAUAUUAUUAUGAUAUUUGCAACCCAUUAAUUAAGCCAUAUGUCAACUGAUCAAAUGUCGGAAUUCGUAACAAACAUAUUUUAUCUUUUUCCGCAAAACUGAAAGUCCGUUUAACACCGAUUUUUUUGUCAAACGAUACCCGUAAAAAUACGCCUAACAUGUUUUCCAUUUUGCCCUGCGUUCCAUUUCGCCCCACCACUACAAAUUCUAUACCCUUUGUUCAUCAUAAAUCGAUUAAAUUUUUCUCAUGUUUUUUUAAUGGACCUAUACAGGUAAUAGCGUUAUGACAUGAGAAGGUUAUAGGUUAGUCAGAUUAAAGUCAUAAUGAAAAAUGCCUUACGUCGGUGAACGACUGGUUGUUAAAGAAAUUAUAUCAAAAGGAAACAUUCUCAACGACAAUGACGUUGGUGUGGACUACCUUGGACAUUCGGUAUACGCAGAGGCAUUGGCCCAACGCAUUCAAAGUGUAAAUACGCCGAUUACUAUUGGAUUAUUUGCGAGGUGGGGUAGUGGCAAGUCGUUCCUUGUUAAGCAUGUGAAAGAUUACCUUCGAAGGUAUCAACACCAAUAUCAUGUUACAAAACAAGAAAAGCAAAACAAUUAUUGUAAACACGGUCCUACAAGAUGCUGCGUCCAUACAUUCGUUCUUACAUUCAUGGUGUUCCUUGUCGUGACCUGUUCAGUAUUUGCAGUGUCGCCGGUCCUUUUAACUCAAUAUGUGCAACAUUCAAAGUUAAAUACAACCAUUAACGGAACAACAAUAUCAACCGCAACGAUAUCACAAAGCUUUGAUUUCACUAAGUUGGUUCGGUACUUGUCUUUGUCGAUCUUACUCUUGUGUUUGGUAUUGGUCAGUGUCAUUGUUUGCUGUAAUCAAAACUGGUGGUCGUCGGAAUUUUUUGGAAACUUUCGUCUGAUAUCGUACGCCGCAUUUACAAAAUUACCUUCCACGAAAGAUCCAACUUCGAUCAUCCGAGACACAAUGGAGGGGGAGGUUGAACAUAUCCUCCGGGAAGAGGAGUCGGUUGAUAAUAUGGAAUACAAAGAUCAAAGGUAUAUUUUUGUCGAUUUUAAUGCUUGGGAAUAUGCUGGUAGCGAUACUUUAUGGGCAGGAAUCGUGACCAACGUUUCUGAUGCAAUUGAAGCUGAAUUCGGAAGCGUGACAUCACGCCUAUUUCGCAUGCUUACAGUAGAACUUAUUUCCCCUGAAGUCACGUCAUGCCGCUUGUUUAUAAAACUGAACGAAGCUGACCAGACCUUGAAAGAAGAAAUAAAAGAAAUAAUGUUACAAUAUGGCGUAGUGCUGGAUCUGAAACUUUACAACAGCGAGCAGCAAGGAGUAACUUGUGAUGGUUGGUGGAUAGUAGAUUACUCAUAUUCUGGCGAUGCGGCGAAUGCAAAGCAAUAUCUGGAGUUACAAGACAUAGAAGCCACAUUUGACGAUCCGGGGACACGUAAACCUCGGGAGGGCAGCUCGGAUUCGUUGAAAGAUAGAACCGCAAAAUCAAAUACAAACAAAAACAACCACGAGGUGAUAGAAAUGAAUGACAUAAAUACAGGGAAUGGAAGGUCGGAACGCAACCAUUUAAUUGAACAGCUACCAGAAACGGAAAAUAAAUCAAAAGUGGAAAAUACCGGGUUUUGGAAACAUUUUCGACAACAUCCGAAAACUACUUGUAAUUUUCCCAAUUUAUAUUGGUGGAUCUUGCUUACAACUUCGUUUAUAUCCAUCCCCGUGAUUACUAUAGUCAUCGCUGAUGCAAUGAAGCUGGAUGUCUUUCGUACACCACGGGCAGUACCAGUUGCAGUUCAAGUAGUCUCAUGGUUGCCAGCCGUGGCUGGUGCUGCUGUGGUGAUGAUGCGACUUACUUGGGCAAUGUUCCACUCUCAGAGGAAUAGAGUGAACACAGCACUUGCGGGGGCGAAAGGGAAUAUGGCGGCCGAAUUGGGAUUUAUGAAUAAAGUUAAAACGGAGGUGCAUGUUAUCACGAAGCUAAUAGAGUGCGUUCGGUUUACACAUAAGAAAAAUUAUAAAGUCGUAAUAACUAUUGACGACUUGGAUAGAGUUCCAUUAUCGCAGGUGAAAUCUGUUCUUGAAGCAGUGAGCAUUUUACUGAGUGACCGAUCGUCGCCGUUUAUUUGUUUGAUCGCAUUAGAUUCCAGGGUCGCCGUCAAAUGUAUAGAAGAAGAUAUGGGAAGUGCUUUGCUCAAAGCAAACGUAAACGGUCACGAAUACUUGAAGAAAAUUAUCAACUUGCCCUUCUGUUUACCUGAGAUUGAUAAUACGAGCAAGCAACAAUACAUUGGUGGGUUAAUUGACCAGGGCAACAAAAAGAAGGAAUAUCGCCGUGUUCCAGUGGUUAGAGAUGAAACACGAACAAGAGAGAAUGCAAGAUCAUUUCAACCUCCGCCCACUCUUCAUGCCGGCAACGGACAUGCUGCUACUCACUUUAAUGAUAUACCAACUGUCGAAAUGAAAGAAACCGACAUAACAAGCAUAAGCGAUGAUGACGAGGUUGACGACACAGACGGUUAUCAUGUACCUUCUAAUGAAAUGCGCGAAUUUGUACAACGGAGUCAAAUCCGGGGGAGGGCAGUAGUGAGAAACACACAUCCCACACCCAAUGACACUACUCCAAUAAGCAACGGAGAAUUUAUUGCCCAAUGCAAGAUAUUUCUGUACGAGAGCGAAAUGGUCAGGAGUCACCUAUUGGGAAAUCCUCGAAAUAUAAAAAGAAUUUUCAACGUUCUAUCGCUGACAACACUUAUCAUAGGUUGCAGUGAAAAAGAGCGCAAAAGGGCUAAACUAAUUAAAUGCCUUGCCCAAAGCACGCGACCGAGUAGUACUCAAGUAAACGGCUAUGAAGCGCCACCAAGCAGUAGUGCCGGUAUUAACUCUGCAGCUACGGAAGCUGUUGAAACCGAAAAUGUGCGGAAUAAAAGCUUCGCACAGGACAUGGUAUUUUGGAUUGUGCUUACCGACCAAUGGCCAUACCGUGUGAGUUACCUGCUUCAAGUUAUUGAGGAUGCGGAUCAAAGAUCAAAUGCGGGGAGAAGAAGUGAAGCUAUUGAUGAUAACACGCCACUCUUAGAGAUUUACGAAAAACACGUGAUACCUGAGUUACACGCUUCAAUGGAAACAAUCGACGGUUCGCUUUUGUCAUUGGAUGCGGAUCCGGACAUAUUGUACAGCUUCCUGUAUCGAUUAAUGUUAAACGGAAACCACCUAAACAAGGGUCGUGUGAGUCUGUUGAAUAAAUAUACCGUCAAUCUGGACCACAGCUUGAAACAAAGCAUCGCCUACCAACGUGAUGUUGCUGACAUGGAAAGAUUUGAAAAGGCUAGAAAAGCAAAGGAAGCGACAGCUGCUGUCACAACACAAAACAGCAGUGUGAUUAACCCAGCACUACUACCAAAUGAACGAACAUUUGUACCAACCACCGUUGUGAAAGCAGACAUGCAACUCCCAGUACCACACAAUCCAUGCGAACGCGUCCCUCAGAUUACUGCCGGUGAAGUGUUAAACACUUAUAACAGUAACACAAACGAUACAACCUCUGAUAACACCACUGCUAACUAAGUGCUUUAACUGUGCCGUAUACAACUACCAACAAUACUAACAGCAUUGAGCGAAACGUUCGUGGUAUAUAUAUACGACAUUCCAUGCAAUCAUAUAAAGAGGCAACAGUUUAAUCUUCGUUAUUUUGCAAAAAGUUAUAUAUUUAUGUGGAUGCAAAAAACAGGCAGAGGUCAAUAUGUCUUAAAUUAGAAAUGAAGUCAACAAAAAAAUGUUUUGAUAUGUAAUUAGUUCACGUAGCGAAACUAUAUAGCAUAUUGGCUGUUAACUUAGGUAGGUUAACUACAAGUUGCAGAAUAUUAUUAACAUAAAACAAAAUUUUACCCUUUCUUCCCCACAUUGUAGCUUAAUACUUCGAUUACUUGAAGCGCUUAUUUUUUAUUUAAUAAUUUAUAGUCGUGGGGAUACGAUAAUUCUUUGAAUCUGUUUUGUUACCACCAAAUUGGACGAAAAAAGCAGAAUAAUAAGGUGUCCCAUCUUUCCCCACCGUACUAUAAUUUUAUGGUAUUUGUAUGUAUUUCUAAUAAUAAAUUCACAUCACAAUUAACAAGGAUUUUAAAGUGA